UUGCAGGUCUAGGCCUGACUUGCGAAACCGUUGGUAUGCGACAAGUGAUCGAGUGAAAAGAGAUGGUUUUUAGCAGCUUACUACAGUGAAAACGAGUUGUAAUGUGUUUCUGUACGUCGAUUCGGUGUUAAAGAUAAUUAAAUGGUUGAAAAAAGGGAUGGAACCAAGAAAACGAUUCUCACCUAAAAUAACGGAGAACGAUGUGGAGACGAUAAUGAAGUUGUGUCGUAGCACCAUACAAACGUUUGAAUCUAUUGGUGAUGCCUUUCUGAGUAGCUUCAAUGGAAGACACACUAGUUUUUCUAUUGGUUAUGCUUUGUUAUUGGCGUUUAGAGAAUCUGAUGGCAUUGAAAAUUUGAGGAAUCGAGUGAUCCUUAUUUAUCUCUUGUACAGAUGUGCUGAACUUGACGGCGUGUCAGAAAAAGGCGAUAUUCUUGAUCAUCCUUUUCUAUCUUUUUUCCUAUCCGUUAUGGAGCAUGACAAAGAUUCGAAGGAUAGUUCUGUAGAAGUAGAAAUGUUGGGCUCUCCAAAACUUGGAGCUCGUGAGAAAUACAUCACUGGUUGCUUAUUAACAGAAAUGUUGGACAGAAUCAUCAACCGCACCCCAGUCGACAUUACCAUGAUGAAAAUUCCAAAGCAGGAUUUUGAUAUAACGCGGCAUAUAACGGCGCUCAAAAAUCGGGAAGCAAAGUAUCCUUCGGUCGCUUCUGUGACUACUCCGGCUAUCGUCAAAAUAUUUGAUGAAAAGACAAAAAAUCAAGAUAAUUUAACUGGCGUCGAAUCACUGGCAUCUAUGUUGCUUCCCAAUUUGUUAACAAAUCCUUAUUUGUUUGAAGUUCUUCCUCCUUCAUUUCAUCGUGUCACACCUACAUUAAUGCCUCCUUCAGAUGAUGAGUUUCAAUUUCUGUAUCCUUUCAUUUUGGAUCCGAUGUGGAUGGAAACGAGCGUUGAGAAACAGGAUUUACGAACGUUAUCCACCGCCUCCCAAGUCUGCAAUCCAGUGACUACUGUUCAUGAAAAUCAAAUAAGUGAGAAAUCAGAGAGCAUUGAAUUGAAAACAAUUCCUUCUACAAUGUCACCGCCACCGAUUAAAGAAAUGCAACCUGAUUCUGUGGAUGUUUCUCAUAAGACUGGCUCUUCACUUCCCAGUACAGUCGGUACUGUGACGCCUGCAACAGAUAGUAAAAAGUUGAUUGAGCCGUGCCGCACAUCUUCUAUGCUCGUACUCUCAGAGGAAAAAGCUGACAUUGCCAGCAGCACUAUGGCAGAGCCAGAAAUAGAUGCAACGACUCCGAUCUAUGAAUAUCAAACGACCAUAUCAUCAGCUUCAUCCGAGAAGAAACAACCGUUGACGUCUGAGGAGGCUGUAGAACUCUUAAAAAAAUCUUUGGUGUCGAUCAUUACAAGAACAGAAGCGCAGAAAUUAGCCGAAGCUAUUGCGCAAGAUACUUCAUUGGCCAAAAUUAUAGAUAUCCCCUUAACCAAGUUUGACAAAUAUAUUGACGAUAAUCCGGCAAUUGCAGCAGCUGUUAUUGUGGCUCGAAUCACUCAAAACUGCAGUGAAUUACCUCAGUUUUUUCAGUUACUUGCUGGAAUGAAGAUCUCAGUACAGGCCAUGGAAGUAGUGAACAGAUUAUGUACCGUAUGUUUUCAGAAUUAAUAACUUGAAUAGUCUUAAAAUCUGUAAAGUUGAGGUCUACAUUUUUAAUUUAAACACUUUUGCUGUUAUUUACUUAUGGUUAUUCUGUUCCAAUUUCUUCAUCCUUUCUUCUUUGUCGAGUGUCCUAUCUACUGCUUUGAACAUAAAGUUUAAAAAAAGUCAUUUCUAUGCUUAUCACGUUCAUCUCCGCUUAUAAGUUGCGUAAUCUCAAAUUUGGAAUUUUCAUCUCAUGAUUGUUGUAGGAAAUGGUUAUAUUUCAUUUUCAUAUUUUUGUGUAUUUUGUUUUUAAUCAUUUUAUAGAAUUGAUUUGUAUCAGGUCAAAGAAUAAGAGUUAUGAGGGCCAUAUGAGCAGUAUAAGGACAAAAACAUAAGUGUGUGCUAUUUUUGGUUUACAUGUGUUUAUAUGUAUAUAUUUCUGACAUGAUGUGGAUCAAGAAGAUACUGAACUGUUGAGCCUUAUUUCAUAUUUCAAUGCGCUGAUGUUAGUGCAGUUUCCUGUUCAGAGUGCCGGGUAAAAAGGAAUCUAAAAACUAAGAGAGACAGUGCAGUUAAGGUAUCAUUUGUGUCAAUCUUCCUUGUAGCAGAAAUGAAACAUCGCGCUUAUUACUUUAAAAAUGCUCAAUUUGUUUGAUAACUGCUUAUUUGUUCAUUCUUCUUACUAAAUUGGUACAUCGGAAAUUAUUUUAGCAAGUUGAAUUCCCACAAGAAUAUCUCAAUAGUUAUAUUUCAACAUGUGUACGUCGUUGUGAAGAGCCAGGCCAGACGCCGUUUAUGCAAUGUCGUCAAGUACGAGUGGUGUGCGUCUUCCUUUCCUCACUUAUUCGAAGUCGUACUUGGGAUGUCCGCCCACUAUCAGUAGAGUUGCAAGCUUUUGUCCUGAAGUUUAAUCAUGUACGUGAAGCAGCUUCUCUAUAUCAAGCUAUUUUAAUGGCACUUCAACCAUCUGCAGAUUCAGUAACAGUUUGUUCCACUUCCCUUGGUCUUUCAGUCAGAGCAUCUGGAACUAUUGCAGCGAUUCCGACUCCUGGUAGUUCUAGCGAACUAGUUGCUGCCAGAAAGAGUGAUAGUCGUUGAAUUUCAUUCUGUUUUUUCAUUGAUUCGGCCGGCAUAUUUCAAUGUUGAAUAACUAUCAUUUGUCAGGUAUCGUUGUGUUCCAUUGAUUUUGAUAAGUGUUUUUUGAUGCGUUGUAGUUUUUUUCUGCGAAAUUUCUGAUUUUCUUGAGACUGAAAUUGGCGAAAGUAUUGUAGAGUUUCGAAGUCCAAGUCAACCCAAAAUAAAAAGUUCAUCAUGUCAAGUCUUAUCGGGUUAUAUCUUUGCAGAGUUGGUUAUCCCAGCAUGUCUUUUUUCCGUCCUUCGUUAUAUUAUAAUAGUUAGUUUCUUGAACUACGGUUUUGUUCAUUCUCACACUACGUCGC